ACUUGUGCGCAUGUGCGAAGCCGACGUUUCCGCUCCGUGUCGGGGGAUUGCCAUCUCUGCGCCUGUUCCUCUUUGGGUGUUUACUUGUCCGCGGCGAAAACAGCGAACGCGUCCUCGACGGUUAAAGGUUAAAAAACGCGGAAAUUCGUCGUAAAGCCGCUGCUGACGUCGCUGCGGAGGCGUAGACGAACCGCGGGAAUAACGGGACAAACACGGGAGCAGCCUUAUCGGCCGCUUUUUGCGGAUGUAAGUGAGCUAAUGUGAGUUAGCUGCGUCGAGCUAAGUUCACCGGGCUCCACUUUGUCCCCAGAGAAAGUUCAGGAGCAGCAGAGGUCACCUGGACAGCUCCGACGGGACGAUGGCGAACCCUCUGAGGGCUGAAGUCGUUCGACUCUAUAAAAAUCUCCUCUACCUCGGCCGGGAGUAUCCCAAAGGAGGCGACUACUUCAGAGAGCGACUGAGAGCAGCGUUCGCUAAAAACAAGUCGAUCCAGGACCCGGCGCAGAUCAAGGAGAUGAUCGCUCGAGGGGAGUACGUAGCCAGAGAGCUGGAGGCGCUCUACUACCUGAGGAAAUACAGAGCCAUGAAGAAACGCUACUACGAGGAGUAAAGAUCACCUGCAGAGACCCAGGACAGUCACCAUCCGCUGCGACGAGCCGCGCCGCGCCCGGCCCAGAAGAGGAUUCAAAGAACUAGACAAAUACGAAAUGUGAGAGAAAAAACAUCUUUGCCUUUAUUUCAGGAUCAUUAAAUACCAGACUGGAAUGAGUGUCCUGUCAGGACAGAACAGAAAUCAGCAGCAGCUUCGAGGUUUUAUUGUUUUAUUCCUGUAGAUUUAACUCAGCACCGAGAGAAAACAUUUAAAUAAAAGUAUAAAAAAACGA